AUGGCAACGGCAAACCUACGCUCACGGUUCAUGGUUGGGUUGGGCGUGCUUGUCUUUCUCACAAUAUUUAUGACAUAUUCGCUACGCACCAGCUUCUCGUCAAACUUCGGCCAAGUACUAGAGACGGUACCGCUCCCUAAUGAACCACUGCGAACUGAGCCCAGCAUACCUCCGUCACCGCCCUCAGAACCGGAGGAACAUGCCAUACCUGAUAUGCCUCCGUCUCCAUCCCCAGAACCGGAGGAGCAUGUCAUACCCGAUCACCCAACGUACAAGACCGAGCAUACAUCAACACUCGUCUCAAUUGUGGACAACUUCCCACUCGCAGCAGCAGCACAUUCUGCUGCAGAGCUUCCUUCUAUACCUCCUUGGAACGAGCCUCCGAGUCCUCAUGUGCCCGAGAAAACACCUCUCUUUAUAGGCUUUACUCGAAAUUGGCGGCUGCUGCAACAGGCAGUAGUUUCCUAUAUAACCGCAGGAUGGCCACCGGAGGAUAUAUAUGUCAUUGAAAACACCGGAACCAUGAAGUCCAACCAACUUGGGUUGCUCUCCCUCCAGAACCCAUUCUUUCUUAAUCAUACCCGUUUACAUAUGCUUGGAGUUAAUGUUAUUACCACACCGACUCUUCUCUCAUUUUCACAACUGCAGAACUUUUAUAUCUGGAUGGCAAUUGAGAACAAUUUCACCACAUACUUUUACGGACAUAUGGAUGUGAUUGUCCUUCCAUUCGAGGAUCGGUAUAUCACCCCGCCCGCUAGCGGUGAAAGCCCCAAUAGAUAUGAAGACUUCAAGUCUAUAUACCAACUAGCCGUGGAUGCGCUUCGCCUGGCGGUUUCACCUGAACCAGAUCCGAAUUCCUCGAACUCGAGCAAACCAUGGGCGGCUCGCUUUUUCGCCUACGAUCGUCUGGCGUUAGUAAACCGGGAAGCAUAUGAAAGCAUUGGAGGAUGGGAUACAGCAAUCCCAUACUACUUCUCUGAUUGCGAUAUGCAUGAUAGGUUGAAAAUGUAUGGAUUUGAGUAUAAUGGGCCAGAUGUCGAGAUAGGAGAGUUUUGUGAUGUAUCAGGGAGCCUAGACGACCUUCUCGUGCUAUAUAGAAAAAGGGAUUAUAUAGAAGCGAGUUUUACCGUUGAUGGGCCGACUCAGGAGACAGCGAAAGAGGAAAGGCAAAAUUUGGAGAGAGUUGAAAAGGGAGAUUCGAAUAUCCCAAUCAAUGGACGGAAAACUAAUCAAACAUGGGUUUCGGAUAAUCCUGGAUCAGCGUCGUUCAAGCAGCUCUUCGAAGUUGCUAACGCGAUGGUGAAGCACAAAAAUGGAGGUGACCCAGGAGGGAGAAAUACCUGGCAAGCGCGACAAUUUGGUGGGAAGGGGGAGCCUUAUUACCGAGACUCUGAAGGGUUUGAAAAGGCUAUCCAGAUGAUAACUCAAACUGGCAGAGAUAUCUAUGCUGAGAAAUGGGGUCACCGUGCUUGUGAUUUGUUGCCUUUCGGACGCAAAGCUGGGGAUGAAUGGAGGGUCGAGCAUGAUUGGGAGUGA